UGGCAGCGCUGUGGUCGGUUUGGCCGGGGUGCUGGGGCCUGGCAGGGGCGGGGCGGCAUUAUCACUUGGCUCUCCAGCCAACGCUCAGCGCUCCAGAACAAGCCAGGUCGCCAUCCUCUCGCCAUGGGCUCCGGGCCGCGCCGGGCGCUGAGCCUGCUGCUCCUGCUGCUAGCGCCGCCCAGCCGCCCAGUCGCGGGCUGCCCCGCGCCGUGUGGCUGUGCGGGGACGCGCGUGGAUUGCGGGCGCCGCGGGCUGACAUGGGCCUCGCUGCCCGCCGCCUUCCCGCCGGACACGACUGAACUGGUGCUGACGGGCAACAAUCUGACGGCGCUGCCGCCGGGGCUGCUGGACUCGCUGCCCGUGCUGCGCGCCGCGCACCUGGGCGGCAACCCCUGGCGCUGCGACUGCCGCCUGGUGCCACUGCGCGCCUGGUUGGCCGGCCGGCCCGAGCGCGCGCCCUACCGCGACCUGCGCUGCGCCGCGCCCCCGGCGCUGCGCGGCCGCCUGCUGCCGUACCUGGCGGAAGACGAGCUGCGCGCCGCCUGUGCGCCGGGCGCGCUCUGCUGGGGGGCGCUGGCAGCGCAGCUCCUGCUGCUCGGCCUCGGGCUCCUGCACGCGCUGCUGCUGCUGCUGCUGCUGUGUCGCCUGCGCCGGCUGCGCGCCCGCGCCCGCGCCGCGCACCCGUUGUCGCUGACCGCCCCGCUGGUGGCGGAGACGGCCGGAGCCAGCGAGUUCUACGAGUAGUCCUGAGAGGCGCUGAGCGACGCGGGCGUGCCAGCCCGACAGGACCCUGCUCCAAGGAGCCCUCGCCCUGACCCGGACCGGGGCUCGUCCUCCGCCUGGGCACAGUCUUCCAGACCCCACCACCCCCCUGCGGGCCCCGGGCCACACGCACCCCUCUGCAGCGAGGCGAGCCAAAGCCCAGGACGCUUAGGCGGGUCAAGGGGGUGAGCUGCAGCCCAGCCCCUGCGAGGUUCCCCACACCAAACUCCAGUGCAGAAUAAACCCUUCCCCCAAUCUGA